AUGGCAACUCUGAAUUUCUGGCUCAGCCUCCAUUUUGGGGCUUUUUUGCUAUUUCCCUGCCUGAUAUCCACACUCUUGCCUUCACAGCAUGCUUUCAGAGGACCACCUCAACUUGCAGGUGGUGUCCAACAGCAUGAGAAGGAAAGUGCGGCUGGUGAGGGACGGGAGCAGGUAAAUACUGUCAGUGUGGUCUGCUAUCCGGAUGCACUGGAGGUAACUGUCAAACCUGACAUGUAUGCAAAUGGAAUUCCUGUGAAUGCUGAUGACCUUCAACUUGGUGUUGAACCCAACAAGUUCUGCAAAGCUGCACCAUCUGCUGGAGGAUACAGAAUUAUUGCAGGACUGCAUGACUGCGGCACCAAACACUGGAUGACUGAAGAAUCUCUGGUCUACACCAACCUUCUCAUGUACUCUCCAGAAGCUUCUGGUGGGGUCAUUCGAAUGGAUCCUGCUGUCAUCCCAAUUGAGUGUCAUUAUGACAGAAGGUAUAGCUUAUCCAGUGCUUCAAUUACACCAACCUGGAUCCCCUUCAGGUCCACCCAAACUGCAGUGGAGACCUUAGCAUUUGACUUGAAGCUCAUGACUGCUGACUGGCUGUAUGAGAGGAGUUCCCAUGUGUUUUACCUGGGAGAGCCCAUCUACAUGGAAGCGUCGGUAAGAGUUGGCCAUCACAUGGGACUGAGGGUCUUUCUUGGCAGGUGUGUGGCAACACUCGACAAGAACAUUGAAGCUGAUCCAAGAUACACUUUCAUUGACAAUGGGUGCCUGUUAGACUCUCAGCUGCCAGGUUCUCGUUCUCACUUCUUACCACGAGUACAGGACAACAAGCUGCAGCUGGUCAUUGAUGCCUUCAAGUUUCAUAAUGAGGCCCAAGGACAGCUUUAUGUCACAUGCCACAUGACUGCUGUUGCAGUUAAUGAUGCUGAGGUAACAAACAAGGCGUGCACCUUCAUUAAUGGAAGAUGGCAGUCUGCUGAUGGCAAUGACUACUUGUGUGGUUAUUGUCCAAGCCAAAACAAAGUUGAUCAGAGCUUAGGGAAAUCUGGUUUGUUUGGACCUCGUGGUUUUCAAAAGUCUGAAGCUUCCUGGAGGAGUGGAAGGAUCAAUGAAGUGUGGGAAGAUGAGGAACAACUGGGUCCACUGUACUUCAUCCCAGUAAAGCAAAGUGGCCCUCUACCUGAGGAAGCGGUUCCAGUCCUCCACAAAGUCAGCACACCUAGACUCUUCAACUAUGGCAGCCACUGGAGAAGUGGAUUAAACUUCAAAAGUAUGCCCUGA